AUAACCACUUUCCAGCAAAUCACCCGUUCUGCCAGUUCUACACCUCCCGACACCAUGUCAGGCCCUCUGGGAAACCUUCCAGGCAUGACCUACGACCCUCUCAAAAACAGAUACUUCCCGACCCCCAAGGGUCCACUACAAAAUGACCAGCCCACACCAAGUCUCUAUGCCUCUGCUUCGCUCUCCAGAAAAGGCCGUCCGGAGAUGAUAUUGGGGAUUUUAGACUGUCAACCGCAAAGGAAACGUCAGAAACCGGAUAUUCAUGAAAGUUUAGUAUCUGGUCCUGGGAGAAAAUUGGUCAAAGGUAGGGGGAGGAUGGGAGUAGGGAUGGGAAAGCGAAGCGAAAGAGGAGAAGAAGCCAUACUAAGUAAGCUGCAAUUAGAUGCAGAGCAUCAUUCCUGUGGUUGUCAUGGAGAGACAAUCACAUCUUACAAAUCUUUUGGAGAAGAAGCAUAUUUAGCAACAACGGAUCAUGGGAAAUUGGUCAUGCAUGGCCCAGAGGGAGAAACUGUGGUCCUUUAUAUCUGUCCUCAAGUGCUCAUGGGAGUACAUUUCGAUAUCAUGCGAAUGACUUUAAUAGCCGUUUCAGGUGGUGCAGAUCCGCAUGUCCACCUGUUCAAGAGAGAUCCUCAAAUGCUGGAGCAUAUCUUUAUGAGCCACUCUGAACUCAAUCUCAAUGGAGGCGAUAUGUAUGAAGUAUCUUCAUUCGAUGAUCGGUGUACUAUCGGCGGCCACAAGUCCCUAACGACGAUCAACUACACAUCCUCUUUCACCACUUCAAACCGUCGUUUGCCGUCUGAUGCCCUCGCAGUCCAUCAGUACUCUCGCGAUCUCGUAUUCACGGGCCAGCGGUCUGGCUUGGUCACUUGUGAAGAUCUCAGAGUAAAGCCGAAGAGUCCUGUGGUCGUCGGGGGAACAAGAGGGAGGAAGGCGGUCGUAAAUGUGAAAAGGGUACAGGACGGGGCUGUUCCUUGGGGAUUAGUCGUCAGUGGGAUGGGGGAUGAAUUGCUCCUGUACGAUGUGAGAUUUAGUGAUAAGCCGUUGCACACUUUCCAGGGUCAUAUCAACAACUAUCAAACUCAAGUUAGCACGGCCCUUUCUCCCUCUGGCACCCACCUUUUCGCCUCGGGUUCUGAUAACCGUAUCCGCGCCUACUCCCUCUUAACGGGCUCGCCCUUAACCCCUUGGCCAGAGGACGAAUAUCAUCAACAAGAGGAAAAUCCGUUGGUGAAGGAAUUUGAGGAUAAGAUUACGGGGUUGAGUGUGAGGGAUGAUCUAGGUCUAGAUGUCGUAGUCAAGGGCCAGCUUUUGAGGUUUGCCAAAUGAGCAUCAAGUUGUAAGCGAAGCGCAUUCUUUCUCCUCGUCAUCAAUAUUGUGUACCUGUAUUCUUGUUCUAGACAUGCCUUUCAAAUGAGGUGUUGUAGUGUAGCCAAACGUCGUAGAUGCAAACGCAGCACGUACAGUCGUAUUUGUUUAUCGCACUUGUUGGGAAUCUGGGUUAAAGAAAUUGCUUAGUAUGUGAGUGAUCUGCCAUGACAGAUGGAAAUAGAGCGGGAUACUUUGGAUCGUAUAGCGUGCGGUGAUACGGCGACGAUGCAAGAGAAGGCCAGCG